GGCGGGAUAAAAUUUAUAACGUUUACUUCCUGAAAAUUUCUGUACACAAAGAAUUUAAUAAAAACAAAUGUUAACUUAUUUUCAAGGAGCUUGAUGUAAUGUUUCUACUGAAAACAGAUAUGUUUUUACGGUUAGCGCUCACUGGUGCUAUUGGUAUUUGUUCAAUUAUUGGUGAUCAAGGUUUGAAAUAUGGAAAGACUGCCGCAGCCCGCGCGAUUUUUGACAAUGUCACUCACGCGAUAGUCGGUGGUCUCUCCUGGGCAAUUAUUUUAAAUUUGUCGAAAAAGUCUUUGGUACAAAACUUUUCGAGCAUCGUUUGGUGUUUCGCUUUAUCCUCUUUUAUCGAUGUGGACCAUUUUAUCGCUGCGUGCAGUUGGAGGUUAAGCGAUGCAGUGCAUUUACAAAAACGUCCAUUUUUCCAUUGCACAACACUCCCUAUAGUAUUGUGGCUUGUGCUAAAUUUUUAUGCAAAUGUGUUUAAUCACCCAAAGCUUGGUUAUUAUACAUGGAUGAUGCUAACAAGCUUUUUAAGUCAUCAUAUAAGAGAUGCUACAAGAAGAGGUUUAUGGUUUUGUCCUAUUGGUAAUACACAGCCUAUUCCUUACCACUUAUAUCUAAGUAUGAGUAUGAUGCUCCCUCAUGUGCUCCAAUGGUUAAUGCCAUCUAUUCACGAGUCUAAGUCUUCACAUAACAUAACGUUAAUUGACGUUUUGUAAAUAUGUAAAAUGUAAUAAUAACUUGUAAAUAUAUUAUAUACUUGCAUCACAAUUAA